AUGCCCAGUUGGCAUGGUUUGCUUUUGAACAUCAAGGAGCACUUGGGCCAGUUUAUGACUACCGACUUUUCGCUGGGGGCAGACAAGCGAUACGAAUGA